CUCAGGUAUCAAGAUCUUUGGUAUCAACACUUCCUGGUGAAGGUGCGGGCACGGCACAGGACGGAGCGGCAGGAGGAUGUCUUACCGGGACUUGAUCGGGGACUGGAACCGGGCCGUGCAGGCCAUUGACCAGCAGGACUGGCUCUCGUCCCUCAACUUCCUGACCAAAAUCGCCGAACCCAACGUCCGGAUUUGGUUCAACCUCGGCUGCGUUCGGAUGCACCUGUGUGACCUGUCCGGUGCCCUACAGGAGUUUGACAAAGCGAUAGCUAAAGACGAUCGGCUGGCAAUCUGCUUCUUCCAGAGAGGCAUAGUUCAUCUACAAUUGGACAUGCUUGAUGAGGCAUUGGGAGAUUUCACACAUGCUCUGACCAGUUUACGAGGUAACCUUGUGAUUGACUACACACAGCUCGGUCUCAGGCACAGACUGUACUCCUGGCAGGUUCUGCACAACAUGGCUGCUGUUUACUGCAGACUCUGCCGAUGGCAAGAGGCCCUGCAAAGCCUGGAGGAAGCAGUGCGGAAGAAACCCCAGGGCAGUAAUGUCCAGCUGAACAGUGCUCUAUCCAUCGCAAAGCGUAAUAACACCUUUGAGCCAGUUGAUAUACCCGAGGGGAUUGUGUUCAGACCCAGCAAACAUGAAGUGGACGAACUGAAACUCAAGGACUUCCUGGGAACAUCCAAAGUAAUCUCCUCCGUUGUCCCAAAUGAUAGAUUUGCUGGAUUCGGACCUCUUCGUCCAAUGCAUCUUGGAUCUGCUGAACCAAGUAGUGCACCUCAGCCAUUGCCCAACAUACCAGCAGGAAGCACAGCACAAUUAAAUUCUGCACCGGCAGUUGUACCCAGGGAGGUAAUGAAGGACAACCUUCAGGUCACUGACCCUGACUCGGUGAUAAUGAAGGUUCACUACGAGUAUACAGUGGCAACAAGAGUGACGCCUGGCACAUCCUACACCGACCUUCUAAACAUCAUCAAAUCCAAGCUUGCCCACCAGUCAGGACAGAUGCAAUUAAGUUACAAAGACAAUGAGACGCAAGAGCUGAUACCCAUCAAAGCAGAGGCAGAUCUGGAAAAGAUGUGGAAUCAGAUUGUCGAAAGACGUAUUACUCUCUGGUAUAAGUCUACAGACCCUUUGGCCGGCCGUCAAGUGCUCUUCAGAACCCUAGCCAUCUACAACUACAGGGGAGAAGGUCCUGAGGAUAUGGAAUUCAAUGUGGGCGAUGUCAUUGAUGUGUUGUCUGAAGUGAAUGAGGAGUGGCUGGAGGGACAUUCCAAUGGGAAAAUCGGCAUUUUCCCUCUGUGUUUUGUGGAACCGCAAAAGCCAGAAAUCACUGACUCCAAGGAAUCAUCUUGCUCUGAAGAUACCAGCUGCACACCAACAAGGCUUGUUAAGAAGGUCGUUUUUGAGGAGUAGUGCACUAAAUACUAGACAGGAUACCGCCUACAAGGGUGAGGUGAGAGAGGGAAGUCUGACCAGUCACACUGGGGAGAGGCUGCAGGUUCCAGUCUGUUUCUAGGGAUGUAAAUGUAAUCUUGGGGGAGGCAAUGACCCUAGUCUGUAUGAGGAUCAGUCUCUAGAUUGGUGGGGGUGGGGGUGGGGGGCACGGGAAAUUCAUGUCUAUGGGUGAAGUUGGGAUUUAAUCAGUCUCUGGAGGACUGGAGGGUUCUGGUCUCCAGAAUGGUGGGGGCGGGAGAGGGAUUGAUCUGUUUGGUCUCUGGGAGAGCAGAGUCUGAUUGUUCUCUGUGGUUGAGCUGUGGCUUUGUUUGGUCUAUGAAGGUUGGGAAUGUUCAGAUUCGGGGGACCAGUGUCUGGUAGGUCAUUGUUUGAAUUACAAUAAUAGAAGUCUAGUCAGAUCUGCCUGAGGGGGAGACGCGAGUUCCAGUCAGUUUUAAUUAGUUUAGCAGUCUUUGGUAAGUGGAGGUUUAGUUUCCCGGGGAAGCGUCUGCUCAAACUCUUGUGGAAAAGGAGGCUGGGAUGCUGAACUGUCCCAGGAAUAUUGGGACUGCUUUAUCUUUGGGGAUUCGGAUUUGCCUCUGGGUCAGGGAGCAGGAGUGGAGAGAAACAUUUAAUCUCCACUGAAAGUCCUGGUCAGACUCUGAGGGCAAUUAGAGAACCUUGUCUUCUGUUUGUACUCUGAAGACAGAUUGGUAAUGGGGCUGUCCCACUGUACGAGCUAAUUCAAGAGUUCUCCCGAGUGUCCCCUGAUUCGAACUUGGAGAAUUAUGGUAAUGGCCGCUCGUAGGUACUCGGGGCUGUCGUGGACAUUUUUCAACAUGUUUAAAAAUCUUCACGAGUCUUCCCGAGCUUACCGCAUUUCCCGAGUACCUGCCGUUAGCGUUCCGAGCCGCUAAGAGACGUCCCGUGCUCCGACAAACCCGCUACAUACAUUCUAUGUGCCUACCACAUAUUUGAUUUUUUUUAAAACUCGGGAGAGCUCUUGAAGUAGCUCAUACAGUGGGACAGCCCCUUAAGUCAUUAGAGGAAGGAGGUUGCAUUUAGGAUGACUGAAUUCUGGAAGAAAGGUUUCCUUGUCAGUCUCUGGCAAGGUCUGGAUGCGCUCAGCGGAAGGGUGGGCAGGGAGCUGAGGUAGACAGUCAGAGUGAUCUUGAUGAAUGAUGGAGCAGGCUUGAAGGGCUGGAUAGCCAACCUACAACUAUUUAUGCUCUUAUGGUCCUGUACAAGUUUUUGGACAAAGGGAAGGUCCCCUUGUCCUAGACUCUGUCAAGAUCUCUUGGGGAAAUUGGGAAGUUCUGAAAUAUUUCUGCUAUUAUUAAGUGAAAAUCUUCAUGCUCUAGUUUUGUUUCCUCAAUUUUGGUUAACUUUUACAUUGGUUAAGUUAUACAUUUUACAUUGAAUAAAAUGUUUGUCUUCCGUUGAUAAUUUUUUGGAACCAAUUACUCACAAUUAUUUCAUUACUUGUUAUACUUACAUAAAAAUAAAUCUUACAUUGGGA